UGUACCUGUGAGCUGAGGGGUUUUUCUGCUCUCCUCUGGUCCUUAACGUUUCGCUGAUUGUUCUUUGUGAUUCAGAGGAAACAUGGAGCAGAUCAACGACCAUCUCUGCAGGUACAAAAACUACAACUUUGGCAUUGGUCUCACAACUCGAGAGCACAUUGAUUCCCUCCAGAGCUUCGAAAUUCGAGAUAGUGACGUACUCCUCGUCACUUAUCCAAAGUCAGGUACCAUAUGGACUCAACAGAUCAUCAUCUCCAUCUGUGAGUUGGAUGGGUGUCGAAAUAAAUAUCCAAACAACCUUGAGGAGAUGCCAUGGCUGGAGUACAGGGAGGGUCGAGAAGAUUACGCCCUACGACCUUCUCCACGACUCUUCUCCUCUCACCUCACCCCGGUUCUCUUGCCCCCAGGACUGAAGGACAAGAAGGCAAAGAUUAUCUACGUGAUGCGGAAUCCAAAGGACAACAUGGUUUCCUAUUACCACUUCAGUAAUAACUGUAACUUCCUGGAGUCGCCCAAGAGUUUUGAUGACUUCUUUGAGCAGUAUCUGAUGGGAAAUGUUGGAGCAUCAUCCUGGUUUGACCACAUCAGUGAGUGGCAUUCAAAGAAAGACCAGUACAACAUCCUCUUCCUGACCUAUGAGGACAUGAUUCUAGACCUGAAGCUGGCAGUAACUAAGAUCUGCAACUUCUUAGGGAAAAACCUGAAUGAAGCAGCCAUUGAGCAAGUUGUGGAAAAAAGUACAUUUAAGAUCAUGAAGAAAGACUUAAAAGCCAACUAUGAGUUUUUGCCACAAGACAAGGUGAAGAGAGACUUCAUGCGCAAAGGUAAGAUCGGUGACUGGAAGAACACCUUAACUGCCGCUCAGAGUCAAAGAGUUGAUCAACGCCUUCAUGAGAGACUUGGCGAUAUGUCUCUGAAGUUCAUCUGGGAAUGAGCAGAGCAACCCCACCAAGCUUAAGAUGUUGACACGUUUUUAAUACUGUAGAAUCCCCUUAAAUUUACUAACACCGUCUGUCUUACACUUUCAGUUACGAAGCUGUUAACAUCCAACUGUUAGAAUUAGCAUCACAAUCAUACUUUAUAACCGUUGUUUGGACUUUUGACCGGGAAAAAUAAUCACACGAGCAGAAACCACUAACAAAACUUGGUUGGCCAAUCUGUUGUCUUUAUUGAAUGUCACAAGGAAUUAAAUUGUGUUUCUUUA